AUGAGCCAUCGAUCGCCACACCAACUGCAGCAACGGGAAGAGAGGAGCGGCAGCGAGCCUCUGCCGGCGGUAUCGUCCACCGUCCGGAGCCCGGACGGGGGCGCUCUCGAUGGAGGGUCACGAACGGUCGAUCUCGAAGAGGACGACGAGGAGGGGGAGGCAAGCGGCGGGCUGGACCGGGAGGAGGGGCGGACCUGCGAGCUCCCGAGCCCGACCGCCAACGACGCUGAAUCGGUAUGCAGCAGCAACGACAGCUGCCGCAACGGAGGCAUCACCCCCACCUGCAGGAUCUGCUUCCAGGGCUCCGAGCAGGGUGAAUUGCUGAGUCCCUGCCGAUGUGAUGGCUCAGUGCGGUACUCCCAUCAGCCAUGCCUUUUGAAGUGGAUUAGUGAAAGAGGAUCAUGGAGUUGUGAGAUUUGCUGUUACAGGUACCAUGUGGUAGCAAUAAGAAUGAAAAGACCAUGCCAGUGGGAACCUAUCACAGUGACAUUGGUUGAGAAGGUUCAAAUAAUAGCAGUGAUCCUUGGCUGCCUUUUUCUGAUAGCAAGUGUGACCUGGCUUUUAUGGUCAGCCUUCAGUCCUUCUGCAGUCUGGCAGAGAAAAGAUGUCUUAUUUCAAAUCUGCUAUGGGAUGUAUGGCUUUAUGGACCUUGUUUGCAUAGGUCUGAUCAUUCACGAAGGAGCAGCAAUUUAUCGAGUGUUUAAACGCUGGAGAGCUGUUAAUCUGCACUGGACCGUGUUAAGUUAUGAUAAAGCAAAUGAUUUAGAAGUAAACAGCCAUCAUGCUGAAAGCUCAAUCAAUCAGUCUCUUUGGUCCUCUCUGAAUCAGUUCAGAACACAAAGGCCUGUUGGCUCCACCAGGCUAAUGGCUGAACCAUUUCACUGCAGCUAUACUUUGUUACAUUUACUCAACCGAUUCAGACCCCAAGAUGAGGAGUAUGAUGAGAACAGUUCUGCUGAGGUGGUAAUGAGGGUAACAACAGUUUGAAAGUGUGUUCUUCAUGGUCUAAUGAACUGAUGUUUAUUCCUGCCUUUGUUCACCAAGAUCAAACGUAUAUAAGAUAAAGAAAAGUAAUAUAUUUAAAAACCCUUUUAUAAAAUGCAUGCACUUUUGAUAGAGUGCU